GAUCGUCUGUUCCACCACAAGUUCUGAGAUAGUCUGCCAUGGAAGGAGAUAUGAAGCAUUGGAAGGAAGGAGAGAUCACCGUCUUCAUCAAGCUAUGGCUCUCCAUAUACCUCUCUCUCUCCUACUGUUUCUUCGCUGCAAAAAUGGCUCCCAUUGGCCUUCCCAGGCUGCUGCUUUUCCUCCCUGUAAUCUUUCUCUUUCUCCUCAUUCCUCUCGCCUUCCACUCCGUCCAUUUCUGCGGCAUCACCGCCUUCUUCAUCUCCUGGCUCGCCAGCUUCAAGCUCCUCAUGCUUGCCUUCAACUAUGGCCCUCUCCCUUCUCUCUCCCUCCCCCGUUUCCUCCUCAUCGCCUGCUUGCCCGUCAAAAUCCAUAAAAAAUGCACAGACAGCUCAGUUGGUUCUUCAAACAACACUCAUUAUGCACAACAAGAUUCAGGUCAGCACAGACAGCUCAAUUCAUUCGUAAAUGAAACGGAGGAAAAAAUCCAGAAGCACCAAACACUGAUCCUCUCACCUAAUGAGCUGUUCAGAGAGAAACCAGCAAUGGAAGUCUCGGAGAAUCGCCAGAAAUCUACUGUGAGUUAUGCAGUGAAGGCAGUUCUGAUGGGUUUGAUCAUCAGAAUAUAUGAAUAUAGUGAUAGCAUAAACCCUACCGUUAUACAGAUUAUACACUGUUUACAUAUAUAUCUCUUCCUGGAUAUAAUUCUCGGCAUUGUUGCAGCCCUGGCUCGCGCCGUUCUCGGCUUAGAGCUGGAGCCGCAGUUCAACGAGCCAUAUCUUUGCUCUUCUUUACAGGAUUUCUGGGGAAAUCGAUGGAACCUCAUGGUAAACCGUAUCCUGCGCCCCGCCGUAUACAGUCCCUGCCUCGGCAUCUCGGCUAAGUAUUUGGGCCGUAAGUGGGCCACGUACCCGGCCGUUAUCGCCACGUUCAUGGUAUCAGGCCUAAUGCACGAGCUGAUUUAUUUCUACUUGGGUCGGGUCAGGCCCACUUGGGAGGUCACGUGCUUCUUUUUGCUCCAGGGGGCGUGUGUGGCGGUCGAGAUCGCAGUGAAGAAGGCGCUGAGAGGUAGGUGGCGGUUGCCCAGAAUACUUGGGACGAUCCUGACCCUUGGAUUCGUUACGCUCACCCGUUGUUGGCUGUUUCUACCGCAACUAUUGCGGUGUGAAGUCUUUGCUAAGGCGAGUGCGGAGUACGUAGCUUUGGGUGCAUUUGUGAAGGAUAUUCGUAUGACUUUGGCACUAGGCGCAAGGAGUGCUUAAGGGUGUGUUUGAAAAGUAAGAAAAUAAUUUCUGAAAAAUGAGUCAUUUUUCAGAAAGCAGUUUUAUUUUAUGUACUUGAUUGUAUCUUAAAAACUGUCUUUUGUGUGUUUGGUCUAUUUUCCGAAAAAUGAGUAGAAUUGUAUAAUUAUAUA